AUGGUGUAUCGUAAGAUGGAGAUGCUCGUUAAUCAUAUGCUUGAUGCAGAAGCGGGAGUUCCAAUCAAGACCGUGAAGAGUUUUCUCUCCAAAGUUCCAUCGGUGUUCACUGGUCAAGAUUUGAUCGGAUGGAUCAUGAAGAACCUUGACAUGACGGAUCUUUCGGAUGCUCUACAUCUGGCUCAUCUGAUUGCGUCACAUGGUUAUCUCUUUCAAAUUGACGAUCAUGUGUUAACGGUGAAAAACGAUGGAACGUUUUAUCGGUUUCAAACGCCCUACUUUUGGCCAUCAAACUGUUGGGAUCCGGAGAAUACAGAUUACGCGGUAUACCUGUGUAAACGUACAAUGCAAAACAAGGCCCACUUGGAACUAGAAGACUUCGAAGCUGAAAAUCUGGCAAAACUUCAGAAGAUGUUCUCUCGCAAAUGGGAAUUCGUGUUCAUGCAAGCCGAGGCUCAAUACAAAGUCGACAAGAAACGAGAUCGUCAGGAGCGUCAGAUUCUUGACAGUCAAGAGCGUGCAUUCUGGGAUGUGCAUCGGCCUGUUCCGGGAUGUGUAAACACGACAGAAGUUGACUUUCGAAAGCUAUCAAGAUCUGGACGCCCGAAAUACAGUAGCGGAGGGCAUGCUGCGUUGGCGGCAUCGACGUCGGGGAUUGGAUGCACUCAAUACUCGCAAAGCGUGGCAGCAGCCCAUGCAAGUCUUCCAUCAACAUCUAAUGGAAGUGCCACGUCACCGAGGAAAAACGAGCAGGAGCCAUCGACAUCAAGUGGUGGUGAAUCUCCAUCAACGUCUUCUGCUGCGGCUGGUUGUUCGACGGCAACGACUUCAGCUCCAUCAACGUCAACGCCUCCAAUAACGUGCGCUCCAUCAACGAGUAAUGCAGGAUCAUUUCGUAAUAAUUAUUAUGCACGACCUGGAUUACGGCGUUGUACGCAAGUACAAGACACGUUAAAACUUGAAAUCUGUCAGCUGAAUAGCAGGUUAUCAAAGAAUGUGUUACGGACGUCUAAAGUUGUAGAAAAUUAUCUGGCAUAUUAUGAACAACGACGAGUGUUUGAUCCACUGCUAACUCCACCAGGUUCACAAGCGGAUCCUUUCCAAUCUCAACCAAAUCCAUGGAUCAAUGAUACUGUUGAUUUUUGGCAACAUGAUAAAAUUACGGGAGACAUUCAAACUCGACGGCUGAAGCUCUGGGAAGACAGUUUCGAAGAGUUGCUAGCUGACUCAUUAGGUCGUGAAACUCUUCAGAAGUUCCUUGACAAAGAGUAUUCCGGAGAAAAUUUGCGGUUUUGGUGGGAAGUACAAAAACUACGAAAAUGUAGUUCUCGAAUGGUUCCGGUCAUGGUAACUGAGAUUUACAAUGAGUUUAUCGAUACAAAUGCUGCCACGUCACCUGUCAACGUAGAUUGUAAAGUGAUGGAAGUGACCGAAGACAAUCUGAAAAAUCCAAAUCGAUGGAGCUUCGAUGAGGCGGCGGAUCACAUCUAUUGCCUCAUGAAAAAUGACAGUUAUCAACGAUUUCUCCGUUCAGAAAUCUAUAAAGACCUAGUAUUACAAUCGAGAAAGAAGACGACGUUUACCUCGUUGAUUGCUCGUAAGGCGUCGCGUCGCAUCGGUUCGACAAUGUCGCGGAGCUCGGCACAGAGCAACAAAACUCUGCAUGCGAGCGCCUCUCUUGGCUCGGCGCUUUCCGGUCACGGCUCCUCCUCCACAUCGUCAAUGCUCACCGCAGGAGGAGCGGCGUCGAGCCAGAAUCUACUGCUCGCUCCGCCACAACAUCAUCUGUAUGUGCCCCAUUACUAG